UAUAGUAAUUUAAUGCUUACAUUGUGCUAUGCUAAUAAUAUAUUGUAUAUUCAUUUGAUUUGUAAUCCACUCUGAGUCCCCUUCGGGGUGAGAAGAGCGGGAUAUAAAUGUAGUAAAUAAAUAGUAAAUAAAUAUUCGUUGUAAAGCAUGUCUAACAUAAUGGUUUUUGAAAUCUACAUUCACUUUCACUUUAUCAUACCCCAUAUAUCCGUGCCAACCGUAUCUCAGAUAAUGUCCCUCCAGUGUUAACAUCCUAGUAUCACUCAACAAAAACCAAUAUUUUAUCCAAACUAAACAGCAAGCUGCAAAAUACAGUUUUAGAUUAGGUGUGUUUAAUCCACCCCUUUCUUUUGCAUCUUGUAGCACCUUAAAUUUAAUUCUUAGCUUCUUUCCUUGCCAUAUAAAUUUAGAUAUAUUUUUUUCCAUUUUUUAAAUGGUUUACCUGUUGCUAUCACAGGUAUUGUUUGAAAAAGGAACAACAGUGUUGACAAUACAUUCAUUUUUAUCACAGAAGCGACAAUUGUACUUUAGCCCAUCUUAACAAAUCUUUUUAAAUAUCUGUCCAUAGGGUUUCUGUCAGGACUCAGCCUCCUCCUAAAGGGCCACACACAAUAAGUAGAGUUAACAAAUGUUUAUUAAAUGAUAUUUUAAACUUAGAAACACUUAACUUCAGUGUUCCCAAUAAAAGUAAAUGUUUCCUUGUUUCAAGAAAAGGCAAAAAAGCAGGAACAGAAAAUAAUCUGGAUUAUCUAGCCUGAUAAUCCGUCUUAACUUCAACCAAACAUUCACUGGAACUAAAGUCACGUCCCGCUAUGGCACAACGAGCCAAGCAAGAGUCAAACGCCCACCAGACAUGAGUGCAAACAAUGCAGUUGUCCAAAAGCCAAGACGAAUCCAGAAACCCAAAGAAAAGCCAACCGGGAGUAGCGAUGCCGUCAUCAGGAGCCAAGCCAAAUUCAGAAACCAACAGGGAAGCCAACCGGGAGUAGCAACGCCGUCGUCAGGAGCCAAGCCAAAUUCAGAAACGAACAGGGAAGCUAACCGGGAGUAGCAACGCCGUCGUCAGGAGCCAAGCCAAAUUCAGGAAGCCAACAAACGCCAAGCCAGGAACGAGCAACUCCGCCGUCAGGAGCCAAGCCAAAUUCAGGAACCAACAGGGAAGCCAACCGGGAGUAGCAAUGCCAUCGUCAGAAGCCAAACCACAUUCAGGAACCAAGGGGAAGCCAGGAAACGCCAAGCCAGGAACGAACGUUGUCGUCGUCAGGAACCAAACCAAAUUCAGGAACCAAGGGGAAGCCAGGAAACGCCAAGCCAGGAACGAACGUUGUCGUUGUCAGGAGCCAAACCGGAUUCAGGAACAUGAAGCUGUACAGCCAGGACCCAAGGAGAACAGGCAGCGACAAAGCAAUGUCCCAAAACGACACCUUGCCUUCUGCAAGGGAACACUACUUCCAACUCCACUUUUAACUUACACCUCGGAGUCCGAUGAUGAUGAGGCCUCCGCCCUGUCAUCAUUAUCUACAGCUGAUCUAGAUGUCAUAUGUGAACCUCGCCCAUCAUCCCUCCAGUCUUUCCAUCUUUGGUCAAGACUUAGAUCUCCCCAUGUCCCUGGUGUACCAGCAGUCCCCUGAAGCACCCUCAGAAACUGGCUCUGCACACACAUUUACUUGAGUCCAAUCUGCAGCAUCUUCCAUCUCACUCCCAGACCCAUAAUUCCCAGAAAAACCCUCAAAUGUUUCAUCCUCCAUAGGAGCAGUGAGUAUAUCCUGGAUCUUCUUCCUUUCCCUUUCCUCAUCUGACUCCUGCUCCCAAGUUGACCUUUUAGUUCCUCUACUUUCUGGUAAUCCAUCAUCUUCCAGCAUUGACUCCUCAUCACUAGAGAACCCUUCAAACGUUUCAUCCUCAGAAGGAGCCAUAAGUAUUUCCCGAACCUGCUUUGCUUGCUGUUCCUCAUCAAACACCUGCUCACCAUUAGCCCUUUUCUCCUACUAGCAGUUUCACCAGUAGUACCAUUACUGCCCCUUGGCCCAACUACAACAGUUUCAUAGUUAUUUUGGAACAGUAGACAGUUUUUAUUUGUCAGUAACACCUAGGUACUUUACCUUUUUUUCUAUUUUGAGAUCUAGUUGGUGAUCUUGAGCUAGUCACAUACUUUCAGCUCCAGAAAACCCCAUGAUAAGGUCACCUUUGGGUUGCCAUAAGUUAAAACAUUUGGAAAGCACACAACAACAAUCCAUGCUCAGUCAGUUAAGCAUUACAGUUUCGUCAAAUGAAUGAUAGAGAUAGGACUCAUUAUGCAGAAACAUGAGAGUUCUGUCUCCAUAAUCUGUUACUUGGAACCAUUACUGGAGAUUGGGGGACGGAGGAAGAGAAAAUCUUUAUUAAUGAGUGGAGCUAUCUCAGUGUUUGUCAUUAUCAGUCAGAGAUCUACUUCCCCAUUCAACUUUAAAUUGCCCCUCCCUGUCUUCAUUAGUGCUCCAGCUAUAUUUUAAUAGAUGGCAUUUGUAGUGGGGGCAUCUGAUCCAGGGCUUGGGUUAAAUAUAGCUCAGUCUAGUGUAAGGAGAACAUUUAAUGGGAAAUGGUUGGCAUUCUUUCUUUCCAAAGCUCAGAGUGCGAGAGACAGAGGAGCGAGACAUGCUCACAUAAACAUACCCAACCAGGGAGAGAGUGAACGGGAGCUAGCAAGCAAGCAAAGCACACGAGCAGAAAAGACAGUGGACAAGGGAUCGGCACCCUACACAACAGUGGAUUUGGACAGCUUUGCAGCCAGCAUGGUCAUGCUCAGCAGCGUUGCCUUGGGAUUUUAUCUUCAACUCCUUUUCUGCUUUGCUUUAUCUCAGAAUUCCUUUGUUGACAGUGUCUUCUCAAUACCUGCAGCCCUCCCUUGCCUGGACCAGAAGAAAAGAAUUAAUAAUCACAGAGCAUGCUCUCUCUUGGCCCUUCCUCCUCCACCACCACCACCUCCCCCUCCCCCAUUAUUUCCUCCACCAAACUUCAAGCAGGGAUGGAAUUCUAUGUUCUUAUCACUGGACAUGAAACAUUUGUGUCAAGAACUUCAGAUAAUACAGUCUCCAUGUAUAGAAUCUAUAUGCCCUCCAGGACCUCCUGGCCCCCAGGGCCCACAAGGUAUUCCUGGUAUGAGGGGACCAAAAGGGGCAAAAGGUGAAAUUGGCAGACCAGGAAGAAAGGGCAGCCCGGGUCCUCCAGGUGUCCCUGGAAUGCCUGGACCUAUUGGAUGGCCUGGUCCAGUAGGGCCUAGGGGUGAAAAGGGCGAUUUAGGUUUGAUGGGCUUGCCAGGUACAAGAGGACCAACGGGCUCUAAGGGUUACCCAGGAAGCAGAGGAGAAAAGGGAGCUCAAGGAGAGAAAGGUUUCAAAGGCAGCAAAGGUGACAAGGGAUACAUAGGUUUCCCUGGAAUGUUGGGACAAAAGGGAGAAAUGGGUCCAAAGGGGGAAUCUGGUGCGCCGGGGCACAGAGGACCAACAGGAAGACCAGGAAAACGAGGAAAACAAGGGCAAAAGGGAGACAUAGGACCUCCUGGAAUUGCAGGCCCACCUGGUCGACCCGGUCCACCUGGUCAGCCUGGUCCACCAGGAACUUCAGUAUCAGGGCAACUAACAAUGGGGCCAAAAGGGGAACGAGGGCUUCCUGGAUCUCCAGGGAAAUGUCUCUGCAACUCUCAGCCAAAUGUGAAUAACCCGCAUUAUGAGGAACCACUCUUUGGACAGGCGUUUUCAAAAGUUCCUGCAAUCUUUGUUGUAAAUAACCAAGAAGAGCUGGACCGGCUAAAUACAGAAAAUGCCCUAGCAUUUCGAAGAGAUCAAAGAUCUUUGUAUUUCAAAGACACUUUUGGGUGGCUUCCAAUCCAGCUUACCCGUCUCUAUUCUAUCGACUAUCCGGUUGAUGAUAGCAGCUCCAUCUGUGGAGAUGGGAUCAUCCAAGAUGGAGAAGAAUGCGAUGAUGGCAAUACUGUUGUGACUGAUAACUGUAUACGAUGUCGCCGUGCAUAUUGUGGAGACGGCUACCGACGGGAAGGUAUUGAAGACUGUGAUGGGCAAGACUUUGGCUAUUUAACCUGUAAAACAUAUCUCCCUGGGUCUUAUGGAAAGUUACGAUGCACUUCCUAUUGCUUUAUUGACUCUACAGACUGUCGAUAUUUUACAUGAAAACUGGGGCAGGAGGUGAGUAUCCUUCAUAUGACAUGGACAGAGCAGAAACUGUGUUAUCAUCAAACUACUCCUGGACAGUAGAUAAAUAGCAUUUCUCUGUGAUGAAACUACCGAUGUCAUGUUUAUCAGAGAUGCAUUUUUAGUCAAUUCACACACUGGAAAAAAAUAGGACUGCUGCAACCUGUCUUAGUAGAAUUACAACAGCAUUCAAUAUCAAGACUUACUUUUUCCAUGGCUGCUUACAGAACUUCCCCUGUGCAACAGGAACAAAACCAAACUACUGGAACAUUACUUUACUUCGAUACUGUUACUUCAGAAGAACACAACAAUACCUCAACUUAGCACUGUUAGUCCUACAAACAAGCUCUUCAAGGUUAUUUUUUAAAAAGACUUUCCAGUAUAAACACAAAGGAUAUACUCAUAAGGACUAUUUAAAGUGUUUUUUCUACAAUGUGAACUUUGUACAUGCUCUAGUUGCAUGAAAGGUGCAUUUAAAUUAGCGAGAAGCCCGCAGUUUGUCCAUAUUGACUUUCAACAACUUAAGCUACAAUCCAAACAUUCUAACAUUGAGGAUAAAUCCCAUUGGAUUCGCUUUGUGAGUGAUUAUGUCAAGGAAAUUAAUUAGUCAGCUUUGCUUGGAAAUAGAAUUUACUGGGGGAAAAAUCAAAGAUGUAAACAGAUAUUUAUUUAUAAUGAGAGUGACUUUUAUAGGAACAUACAAAUGGGAUUUGAUGCACAACAAAAAUGACAAGGU